AUGCAUGAUCUGGGAGUAUUAAGUGUGACGUUCAGCCCCAUGCUGUGGCAGAUAAAUAGGGUUAGAGUGAACAGGUGUGUGUACAGGUGUGUGUGUGUGUACGGUGGUGUGAGACAAAGAGUUGUAGUAACUCUUUAGAAGGGGAAGACACACGGGAGGGCUUUAUUUUGUUUAGAUGAGGAUGGAAUCUCUUAGAGCGUCUUUGAGGGUGUACUUUUCUGCCUUGCAGCACUGCACUUUGACUAUGGAAGCAGAGGCUGCUGAUGGAUAUAUAACAUGUGACAAUGAGCUUUCACCCGAAAGGGAGCACUCCGGCAUGGCCAUUGACCUCACCUCCAGCACGCCCAACGGGCAGCACACCUCCCCCGGUCACAUGGCGAGCACAAAUUCAGUAAAGCUAGAAAUGCAAAGUGAUGAGGAAUGUGACAGGAAGCCCCUGAGUCAGGAAGAUGAGAUCAGGGCUCAUGAUGAAGGAAGCGGCCUGGAAGAGCCCCUCCCUGAGAGUAAUGAGAUGGCGGAUAACAGAAAGAUCCAGGAGCUAUCAAGCGAGGGAGGAAUCCGGCUUCCGAAUGGUAAACUGAAAUGUGACGUCUGUGGCAUGGUUUGCAUUGGGCCCAAUGUGCUAAUGGUGCAUAAAAGGAGCCACACUGGUGAACGCCCCUUCCACUGUAACCAGUGUGGAGCUUCUUUUACCCAGAAGGGGAAUCUACUGAGGCACAUCAAGUUGCACUCUGGGGAGAAACCGUUCAAAUGUCCCUUCUGCAGCUAUGCCUGCCGACGGAGGGACGCCCUCACAGGACACCUCAGGACGCACUCUGUGGGGAAGCCUCACAAGUGCAACUACUGCGGCCGGAGCUACAAGCAGCGCAGUUCGCUGGAGGAGCACAAGGAACGCUGCCACAACUAUCUGCAGAAUGUCAGUAUGGAGGCUGCCGGGCAGGUCAUGAGUCACCAUGUACCUCCUAUGGAAGAUUGUAAGGAACAAGAGCCUGUGAUGGACAACAAUAUUUCUCUGGUGCCUUUUGAGAGACCUGCUGUUAUAGAGAAGCUGACAAGCAACAUGGGAAAGCGUAAAAGCUCCACCCCACAGAAGUUUGUGGGUGAAAAGCUCAUGAGAUUUGGCUAUCCAGAUAUUCCCUUUGAUAUGAACCUAACCUAUGAGAAGGAGGCUGAGCUGAUGCAGUCUCACAUGAUGGACCAAGCCAUCAACAAUGCAAUCACCUACCUUGGAGCUGACACACUUCACCCCCUGAUGCAGCACACACCAAGCACAAUUGCAGAGGUGGCCCCGGUCAUCAGCUCAGCUUACGCUCAGGUCUAUCAUCCUAACAGGAUAGAAAGGCCCAUUAGCAGGGAAACAGCUGACAGUCAUGAGAACAACAUGGAUGGCCCAAUCUCCCUCAUCAGACCAAAGAGUCGAACCCAGGAUAGAGAGGGCUCCCCCAGCAAUAGCUGCCUGGAUUCUACUGACUCAGAGAGCAGCCACGAAGACCGCCAGUCCUACCAAGGAAACUCUGCCUUAAAUCCCAAGAGAAAACCAAGCCCGGCUUAUAUGAAGGAGGACGCCAAGGCUUUGGAUGCCACAAAAGCUUCUAAGGGCUCUUUAAAGGAUAUCUACAAGGUCAUCAACGGAGAAGGGGAGCAGAUUAGGGCUUUCAAGUGCGAGCACUGUCGCGUCCUUUUCCUGGACCAUGUCAUGUACACCAUCCACAUGGGCUGCCAUGGCUACCGGGACCCGCUAGAGUGCAACAUCUGUGGCUACCGAAGCCAGGACCGCUAUGAGUUCUCGUCGCACAUAGUCCGAGGGGAGCACACAUUCCACUAGGCCUUCUCAUCCAAAGGGGACUCGUAUGAAGUAGAAGAACUGCACAUGAAGAAAUACUGCACUUACAAUCCCACUUUUCCUCAGACAUUGAGACGCCUAUUUUGUUGUUGUUGCUGUUGUUGUUGUUGCUGUUGUUUAAUUAUUAUUAUUAACCUUAUUUUUUUUUGUGGACCCAACCUCAUUUGCUCUGCCCAGCUUAAGAAUGGAAAGAAGGAAGGGAAGGGAUGAAAGAGGGCUUUGUUGUUGCCGUCACUUUUUGUGAGUGACCCGCCUCGCUUUCUGUGGGAAUUGA